CUCAUUAGUUCCGUUAUUGCUCCAUAUUUUCCAUUUGCUAUUCCUGCCCAGAGAAAGCUAAUGGGAAACACUUGCUUCCUCGUCUCCCUUCUUGCGGUGCUGCUGUUGUGUAAUUUUAUGGCUGCCUUGUCUAUGGAGCCACCCAACAUUACCACAGACCGAUUGGCUCUUCUUGCACUAAAAGCCCACAUCACUCGGGACCCUCAAAACAUCUUGGCAACCAAUUGGUCGACUGCUACCUCUGUUUGCAACUGGGUUGGUGUCAGUUGUGGAUCCAGGAACCUCAGAGUCACUGCUCUGGACAUUUCUAGCCUGGGUCUAACCGGUACCAUCCCACCUCACUUGGGAAAUCUGUCUUUCCUCGCUUGGAUUGCUGUUGGAGACAACAACUUUCAUGGCUCAUUACCCGUUGAGUUGUCUAAGUUGCGUCGACUGAAGUUUAUAAACUUUGUUAACAACAGUUUCAGUGGGGAAAUCCCAUCUUGGUUUGGUUCUUUCACUCGACUUGAGAGAUUGUUUCUCUACGGUAACAACUUUGGGGGUGUUAUACCAUCCUCUCUUUGCAGUUUGUCUAGAUUAGAGGUGUUGGGCUUGUACUCAAACAAUCUGACUGGCCAAAUCCCUGCAGAAAUCGGCAAUUUUGCUAGAUUGAAAGAUUUAUACUUGGAUCAUAAUCAGCUUUCAGGUGCCAUACCCUCCUCAAUUUUUAACAUAUCGUCAUUGGAAGAAAUUGAUCUCAGCAAUAACCAACUCUCUGGAGAGAUUCCUAGAGCAAUCGGGAAUCAUCCCAGAUUGAUAACAUUAUAUCUAGAUACGAAUCUGCUCUCUGCAACAAUUCCAGCCAGUUUAUUCAAGUGCAAAGAAUUGAUAUAUUUAUCCUUGUCUUACAAUCGUUUGGAGGGUAGCAUACCUGCAGAAAUUGGGAAUUUGACUAUGCUUGACUCUUUGUAUCUCGGGAUGAACAACUUGGAAGGUGAAAUUCCCCGGCAGCUUGGGAACCUAACUCUUCUUACAUGGCUUGAUUGUUCAUUUAACAAGUUUACAGGUAGACUACCCAAUGAGAUUGGAAACCUGCAGCAUCUACAAUUCUUUGUUAUGGGACCCAACAAUUUCACUGGUUUCAUCCCUCCAUCAUUAUUUAAUAGCUCAACUUUGAGGGUCAUUUCUCUGGGGGUAAAUCGUCUCUCGGGCCAUCUUCCUUUAAGCUCUGAAUUCUGGCUUCCCAAACUUGAACAAAUAUAUCUUGAUGGAAAUGAACUCAGUGGACCAAUCCCAAUCUCCAUCUGCAAUGCCUCUCAACUCACAAAUAUUGACUUGUCAAGUAAUUCAUUUUCAGGAUAUAUCCCAGACAGGCUUGGCAAUUUAAGAUAUUUACAGUGGCUCAAUCUACAGUACAAUAAUUUAACUGCCACUGGAUCGAGCUUUCUCUCAUCUUUGACUAAUUGCGGAGAAUUAAAUACAUUGAAAUUCGAUGGAAACCCAUUGAUUAAUGGUAAAUUCCUGGCUUCAAUAGGAAAUCUCUCUGUUUCUCUUCAAGACUUCUCUGCUUCUGAUUGCAACAUUGAGGGUAGCAUUCCAGGGGAAAUUGGCAACUUGAGCAACUUGAUAAGCUUACGCCUAGAAAACAAUAAGUUGACUGGAAAGGUUCCCACAACCAUUGGAAGAUUGGUAAAGCUGCAAAGUAUUCAACUUCAAUACAAUAAGUUACAGGGAUCCAUCCCAUUUGACUUCUGUCAACUAGAGAGUUUGUACUGGUUCUCUCUCUCUGGUAACAAGUUGUCUGGACCGAUUCCAGCAUGCUUGGGUGAUCUGGUUUCUCUAAGAUAUCUAUUUUUGGGCUCCAAUAGAUUUACUGGUUCAAUACCCUCAACCUUGACAAGGCUUCUAGAUAUCUUGCAGCUAAGCCUGUUUUCAAAUUCUCUAAACGGCUCUCUCCCAAUUGACAUUGGGAAGUGGAAGGCUGUGACUAGAAUAAAUUUGUCACAGAACAGGUUAUCAGGUGAUAUCCCAACUAGCUUUGGGGAUCUAAAAGACCUAACAUAUCUCUCUUUAUCCGAUAAUAAAUUGAAUGGUUCUAUUCCCGAGUCCUUAGGACAUAUGGUAAGCUUGGACUUCUUGGAUUUGUCAAGAAAUAAUCUCGCUGGAAUGAUUCCAAUGUCCUUAGAGAAACUCUCCUACCUCAAAUACUUCAAUGUCUCUUUCAAUAGAUUACAAGGAGAGAUUCCUAAUAAAGGACAGUUCACAAAUUAUUCAUUUCAAUCAUUUUUGGGGAAUGAAGGGUUGUGUGGUGCACCUCGAUUGCGAGUUAUGCCUUGCAAAAGCAAUCUUCCUCGACGAUCAAAGACCGCUAUUAAGCUUAUGAAAUAUAUUCUACCAGCAAUUGCCGCAACAAUAUCAAUAGUAUCCUUGAUUGUCAUUUUUUCAAGAAGUAGAAAAAGAAAUGCAAAAUUGCCAACUGAUGAGGAAAAUUUGCAGCCUUUAGCAGCAUGGAGAAGAAUUUCACACCAAGAGCUUGCUCAAGCUACGGAUGGAUUUUGUGAAAGCAAGUUGCUAGGUAUAGGGAGUUUUGGCUCAGUGUAUCAAGGGACUCUUUCUGAUGGAACGAACGUUGCUGUAAAGGUCUUCAAUUUAGAUCUAGAAGGAGCCUUUGAAAGCUUUGAUGUUGAGUGCGAGGUGCUUUGCAACAUUCGCCAUCGAAAUUUGGUGAAAAUCAUUAGUAGUUGUUGCAAUAUUGAUUUUAAAGCCUUGGUACUUGAAUUCAUACCCAAUGGAAGCCUUGAAAAGUGGCUGUAUUCUCACAACCAUUUUCUUAAUGUCUUACAAAGGUUGAGCAUAAUGAUAGAUGUUGCGUCUGCUUUAGAGUAUCUCCAUCAUGGUUAUACAACACCAGUGGUCCACUGUGACUUAAAGCCAAGCAAUGUCUUGCUAGAUGAAGAUAUGGUUGCACAUUUGGGUGAUUUUGGUAUUGCAAAACUAUUAGCUGAAGACCAUUCAAUGAUACAAACCAUGACGCUGGCAACUAUUGGAUAUAUGGCACCAGAGUAUGGAUCGGAAGGAAUUGUCUCCACAAAUGGUGAUGUGUACAGCUUUGGCAUUCUCCUUAUGGAGACUUUUACAAGAAAGAAGCCUACAAACAACCUGUUUGAAGGAGAAAUGAGCUUGAAAAGUUGGGUGCAAAAAUUGUUACCGGCUACAAUAAUUCAAGUCAUAGAUCCCAACUUGCUGAGUACUAGAAACAGAGAAGACAACGCAAUAGAGGUCUGUGCAUUGUCCGUUUUGCAAUUAGCAUUGAAAUGUUCAGCAGAGUUACCAGAGGAAAGGGUUGACAUGAAAGAAGUUGUUGCCAAUCUGAAGAAAAUCAAAAUUAAAUUUUUAAGGAUGUCGAAUAGAUUUAAUCGAUAAUCCAAGCACCACAUAAUUUGUCUUGUUUUCCAAAAAUAAAAGACAACAAUGUUUCUCUAUUUAAAAACAACAUUGCUUUUUCCUUAUUUGAAAAGGAAAUUGUUUCAAUUUUUUUUAAAAGGCAUAUGUGAUGAAUGAAAUGGGUGUUGCC